AUGUCGCAGACAUUCACCCCCGCCGACGUCGCCUCCCACAAUAGCGCCGAGAAGGGCCUGUACAUCAUCGUCGACAACAACGUGUACGACGUGACCAACUUCGUCGACGAGCACCCAGGUGGUGCGAAAAUCCUCAAGCGCGUUGCUGGCAAGGAUGCGUCCAAGCAAUUCUGGAAGUACCACAACGAAUCCGUGUUAAAGAAGUACUCGCCCAAGCUGAAAAUCGGUGAAGUCAAAGAAGCCGCCAAGUUGUGA